GUUCAGCACACGGAAGUUGUAUUGUCUUUUGUGUUUCUACCUUUGGGGGUAGUUUUAUUUAAAGAGAGCAAUAUUCAAAAUCGGAUGUAUGCAAGUGUCCGUAAAGCUGCCGAGAGCGACUCUCUGUGAGUAGCGACAGCUGCGACUCUACGGGACCUUUGCUGAAACGCUUGGCGAAUGUUGCUGAAUUCGGUGCCAACAGUUUUCGGAAAUCUCGCAGAAGCAAGUCUCUGUGAGGGAGAUCAGGGUUGAGAGUAGGGAUGGAGGAGCAAAAAUCCAACUGUGAGGAGAAUGAUUCUGAAACGGCAGCUGAUGACAAUGGCCCGCCAAAGGAGUGUGUCCUACCUGAGGAGAAGUCACACAUUCCUUUGCCUGGGGAGGGGAUCUCAAAGAUAUUAGACAGCACUUCAUCUUCACCUGUGGAGAGUGGUAGGGCCUGUGCUCUCUGUGGCUGUGCUGAGAAAAGUCUGCAUGGCCAGAGGGAGCUUCGGAGAUUUGCUCCACCACCUGACCGACCACCUCGGGAGCACCACGCUUCUUCCCUCCUGGGGCCUGGUGCUGAUGACCUCAGCUCCAUUGGCUUCCCUGAAGGCACCACCACUACGUCACUUUUUGAUGAAGCAGGCCACUGCUGGGUUCACCACUGGUGUGCAGUCUGGUCAGAGGGUGUGAAAACUUUAGACGGCGAGGAGCUGGAGAAUGUUGACAGAGCUGUCAUCUCAGGGAUUCAACAGAGAUGUGAAUACUGUAAAAGGCUGGGUGCCACUAUACGGUGCCAGGCAGAGGGCUGCUCGCGGUUGUAUCACUUCCCUUGCUCGGCUGCCAGCGGAUCCUUCCAGUCUCUCAAGCUACUGGCCCUCCUGUGUCCAGAUCACAUAGACAAGGCAGUGGAGUUAGCGGGUGAGGAGGCACGUUGUGCUGUGUGUGACUCGGUGGGCGAGCUCCCGGCCCUACUCUUCUGCACUGGCUGUGGGCAGCACUACCACGCCGCCUGCCUGGAGAUCAGCGCCACCCCCCUGCAGCGCUCUGGCUGGCAGUGCCCCGAGUGCAAGGUGUGCCAAACCUGCAGGCAACCUGGUGAGGACUCCAAGAUGCUGGUGUGUGACUCCUGUGACAAGGGCUACCACACCUUUUGCCUGCAGCCAGCCAUGGACUCCCUGCCUUCUGACCCCGGCUGGAAAUGCAGGAGGUGUCGCGUGUGCAGUGUGUGCGGCGUCCAGGGCUCGGCGCUGACGGGCGCAGAGCAGUGGUUUGAGAACUGCACGUUGUGUGAGAGCUGCCAGUUGCAACGUAACUCUGUCUGUGUUGUGUGCAACAAGGCCCCAGUGCCCAACACUGACCUGCAACGCUGCUCUACUUGCUGCAGGUUGGUACACAGUGAAUGUGCUUCUGUGUCGGAUUCUGUGCGGUGCACCUGCUUGCUGUGCCAAGAACCACCACACGAAGGUGCUGUUGAGGCUAUGCUGCUAACAAUCCAGCCAGAGACUGAAACAGAGCCCAGGACAGAAACUCAGGUGGAGGUGAAAGCCAGUGAGGAGACGCCAAUGGAGCUGGAUGUAGGAGGAGAAACAGAAGAGGCAAACCGUUUGGUGGAGGAGGAACAUUCCUUGGAGACGGCAGAAGAACCCUCAGUGCUGCGCUCAGUCCUGCCAGAGGCUACAGGGCAAAGUGAGAGCAGAGAGCCAGAGCCCCCUCAGCCCUGUGAUUCUGCAGAGGAAGAAGACGCAGGAUCCCAAAGUCCUCUGCCUGACGGCGGCAAGGAUCCUGAUACAAUGGCGGACGCCUCAAUGGAUAUCACAGGAAAUGAUAUGGAGGCUGUUGGCGAGCACGAGGUUGGGACAGAUCUUUUGACAGACUUGGAGUCUGUUGUGAAAAAGGAAAAAAGCAAUAGUGAAAAUUCCCCUGCAGCUUCCCAGUGCUCUCUAGCUCCGCCCAUUGAAGCCCUGGAGGAGGGGUGUAUUGCUGAGGCCAGGGAUGAAUAUGAACCUAAGGAGGCAGAUGAGGCUGAUCAAAGGACUAGUACGUCAGCUGCUCAAACAGAAUGCCCUUCUGCUGUUGACAUGGAGACAGGGGCCAGCCAGUUAGAGGAAGCUGAGGAUAAUGAGGAAGAAGAAGCUGAGGAGUUGAUGAGUAGCAAGGAAAGUUUUCAGGGAGAUGUCAAAAUCAAGAAUGAACAGGAGCUGCAAGAAACUGGGACCAAGCAAGACCUCUUCUUGGAUGAGAUGUCCAACCUGAGCCAUGGGGAUGGUAGCAGCAGUGGCUUCUUGGGCUCCCCCACAGAGCCUGAUCUGCAGAGCCAGUCCAUGGAGCUCAGCUUGGAGCCCACAGCCAGCCAUCAUGAGUUAUUCACAGAUGUUGAUGAGUUGCUGCCCUUUGACCCCCUGAAACCUGAGGGAGACAAGAUUAAACGCAGAGGCUCGCCUGGUCGUUCACGGGUGAAACAGGGGCGAAGCAGCAGUUUCCCAGGAAAGCGGCGUCCUCGUGGUGGUGGCAGCGGAAGGGGCCGUGGCAGAUCACGCCUGAAAGCCAUGGCCUCCUGCAUUGAUGCCUUCUUGCUGAGCAUGACUGCAGAUAGUGGAAUAAGCAAGGAGGAAGAUGAUGAGGAAGAUGAUACCAUGCAGAACACCGUGGUGCUCUUCUCUAACAAAGACAAGUUUGUCCUCCUGCAGGACAUGUGUGUAGUGUGUGGCAGUUUUGGGCGGGGUGUCGAGGGCCAGUUGCUUGCCUGUGCACAGUGCGCGCAGUGUUAUCACCCCUACUGCGUGAACAGCAAGAUCACAAAGAUGAUGCUGUACAAAGGCUGGCGCUGCCUGGAGUGCAUCGUGUGUGAGGUGUGCGGCAAGGCCUCUGACCCCGCCAAACUGCUGCUAUGUGACGACUGCGACGUUAGUUACCACACGUACUGCCUAGAUCCACCCCUUCAGACUGUGCCUAAGGGUGGCUGGAAGUGUAAAUGGUGUGUGUGCUGCAUGCAGUGUGGAGCCAGCUCACCUGGGUUCCACUGUGAGUGGCAAAAUAACUACACACACUGCGGGCCCUGCGCCAGCCUGGUCACUUGUCCUGUGUGUCGGGAGAACUUCAUGGAGGAGGAGCUUUUGCUACAAUGUCAGCACUGUGAUCGGUGGGUCCAUGCUGUCUGUGAGGGACUGUACACCGAGGAUGAGGUUGAACAAGCAUCUGAUGAGGGCUUUGCCUGUUCGGCUUGUUCUCCCUAUGUCCCCAAGCCUAUCGCAGUGGAGCCUUCUCCUGUAAUAAAAAUGAAAGAACCAGAGCCUCAGUUCUACCGAUUAGAGGGUGUAUGGCUGACAGAGACAGGCAUGUCCCUCCUGCGCAGCAUUUCCAUGUCUCCACUUCACAAGCGUCGCCAAAGGCGCUCCCGUCCAGGCUCCUUUGCUGGGGAGCUAAAGGAGGGCGAAGGGGAGGGUGAUGAGAGCAAAGGUGUCAUGGAGUCCAUGGAGUGUGACCCCAAAUUAGAAGCCCCAGGAAGCCCUGACAGAGAUGGUGGUCUAGAGAGAGAACUAGGACCAGAAGGAAGCACAGAGGCUGCUGCUGCUGCUGCUGCUGCUGCUGCUGAUGUUGAAGGCAUGAAGGGAGUAGGGGAGGAAACUGAUGAUGGGAAGAAGAGAAAAAGAAAACCUUAUAGACCAGGUAUUGGUGGCUUCAUGGUAAGGCAGAGAAAGUGUAACCAGCGGCUGAAGAAAGGUCUAUUUCCACCAUUGCCCAGGAUGGGUGUGACCAAUGCACAGGAUUUGGAGAAACCUGCAGCGGAAGGUGCUCACGCAAACACCCCUUUGGAGGGUGUGCCUGAACCAAAACUGGCUGACGGGGAAGGUGAGCAAGCUAAAAAGCGUAGAGGCCGUAAGAAGAGCAAACUGGAGGAUAUGUUCCCAGCAUACUUGCAGGAGGCAUUUUUUGGUAAAACAUUGUUGGAUCUCAGCAAGAAAGCCCUGCUGCCUACCACUGUGCGUAAACCAGCUCAGGGCACACUGCCCCCACCAAAGCCUGCUGUGACUGUUGCUAUGGAGCCAGGUGCUCAGUUUUCUGCCCCAGAGUCAGGUGAGGCCAAAGGGGAAGUCAAAGGUGCAUCAACUCAACUCAAGCAGGAGGGACAGGGUAAACCUGAGGUUCUUUCUGAGGUACCAGGAACCACUGGACCAUUUUUUUCCAAAGACCAGACUUCAGUUGAUGCACAAAGUGCCAGUAUGAUCAUUCCUGAAGGACUUCCUCAAGGUGUGGAGAGCCAAGACUCUGAGCAGUUCUUCCGGAAGGUGCUUGGAGUGUCAGAGGGUGCUCCACUUGGUGGGACACUGCAGGGCAAUACGAAGGCAGGAAAGGUAGAGCUUAGCCACAGUAGUCUGCCUCAGAGGAGCCUUAUGCAAGGGCCCUUGCCUUCUGCAGGUGUGAUGGAAACUUUCCCUGGGCUCUCCCAGCCUCCAUUCUUUGACAUCCGGGACCGGGGAGGAUUAUUCAGCCCAGACCAAAGUGAUGAAAGCCCCUGGGCAACCCCUUCAACACCAGCUACUCCUUCCACACCCACCACUCCCACAGAGCCAGAAGGUGAUGGGCUCUCGUACAACCAGCGCAGUCUGCAACGCUGGGAGAAAGACGAAGAACUGGGCGAGCUGUCAACCAUCUCCCCUGUGCUGUAUGCCAACAUAAAUUUCCCUAACCUCAAACAGGACUAUCCAGAAUGGAGUAACCGUUGCAAACAGAUAAUGAAGAUCUGGAGGAAGGUGUCUGCAGCUGACAAAGUUCCUUAUCUGCAAAAGGCCAAAGACAACAGAGCUGCUCAGCGCAUUAAUAAGGCACAAAAGGUGGAGGUUCAGGUUUGCCGACCUGUGAAGACCGAGGUUGAGAACACAAAGGGGGAGCGACCAAAUCUGCACCUUCAGAUCCCCCCACCUCAAGGCUCUGUUUCUACAUCCUCCCAGCCUAGCUCUGCUGAGAGCCCUUUCCCUCUUGCCUCAAGGGAAUCGGGUGGCUCUUCAGUCUUCUUCCCUGAGGGUCCGAUCAAGAUGGCAGUAUCGAGAGAUGGUCGAGCAGACCCUUCUUCCAGAGUGCAUCCUCAAUCUCCUUGUGCUCAGUCUCAGCCCUCUACUACUUAUUCUCAGUCUUCCUCAAGCCCCUUGCUGACUGCCUCCUCUGGCCUGCAUCUUUCUGCUGAUCCACAGGGGACUUCCCCAGGUCAGCCACUCACGCUGCGAUCUUCAGACUUCCAACUCAGCACUUCUGUAACGCCCUGCAGAUCCCAGCAUGUGGAACCCGCCUGUAAAGCUCAACAGCAGGGACACCUGCAGCUGCCAUCAAGUCACCCAGGGAGCCCUCAGACUAAAGGCAGCGGAACUGGAGACUCCCCUCUUCUGUCCCCCUCUCACAGUUCCCACUUUGGGGACCCUCUUCGGCGACAAGACUACUGCUCCACCCCAUCACCUUCUGCAGCUUCGUCAUCUCCUGCUAGUGGAGGUCAGCUUCGUGCAGACUUUGUGGGUGUCCCUUCUCCCUGCUUGUCUUCAGCAGGGCGCCAAGAUGUUGGCUCUGGCUCACCUGCUGGAACUAUGGACUCAGGGAAUGGAUUGUUCAAGGCACCCAUGACUCCUCGGAGCCAUCAGGGAGAUGUUACCAAUACCACCGGCAUCCUCCUGCCCAGUGCAUCCCCUAACCAUCCUUCUGAUGGAUACCGUCAGUCUCCUUCUACUCCCUUUUCAGAUCCUUGUCUCACACCCCGGCCCUCUUCAAGGGAUGCCUGCUCUCCCCUUUCUCAGAGACCUCAACCACUUCAAGACUCCUGUUCCAGGAUACCUUCCAGCCCACAGUCACAGGGCAGCUCACAAUCGCCACUUACUCCAGGUGCCAUGCCCACCAGUGACACCUUCUCUGCGCAGUCUCCUGUGUCAUCUCGUUUCCAGUCUCCCGACCAUCACUCCCGACCACCAUCACGUCCUCAGUCUAGGGAGACAUUUGCUAAUCCUCUCAAGCACCCUCGGUCCUCCUUGGCAACUCCCGAUGGCAACCCAGGUUUCCGAGGUUCUCCUCAACUUGUUCAGCAGCCUUCCUUACCUCCACUAUCUCCUGCUACAGUGGAUCCUCUUUCUGGAAAGCCCUCUGGGCCACCUGUUCCUAGCCACAGCCCAAAUGUGGGCAUGUUUUCAGCAACACAGUCGCAGAUGCACAUGCCUUUCGGAGAAUGCCAGCCGUCCCAAGCCCAGCCUCAGCUACCAAAGCCUCAGCCCCCUACUGCAAGUGACACUUUCUCUUCUAGGAUACAGUUGCUUCCAGGAAGCCCGGAUACCACUCCCCAGCAUACAACAGCGUCACAACUCACCUCAAAUAUGGCAGUCUCACAGGAGCUACCAGACCUCCCUCUGAAUGAGGAUCCCAUGAUCAUUGGACUCAACCAGGCAGAAAUGGAAAAGCAUAGACAGAGACAAAGGAUUCGUGAACUCUUGAAACGACAGCAAAUGCAAAGAAACUCUCUGCGGCAAGAAAAAGAAGCAGCUGCUGCAAACAGUGGUGUCACCACUUGGCCUGGAGGAGAAACUGUAUAUCUGCAAGAUAAGAGCCAGCGUGCACCACCACCUUACCCUCAGGAUAGAGUUGGUGCUGGAGGAUCAACAGGGAAUCUUCCUCCUCCUAUGGAUAACAAGUUGAAUUGCCCACCUUCUCCUGGGACACCUGUAAUGAUGGACCCAAGUACACUCAGACCACUGGGACCAAGCAACUCCCAGGGACUGUAUCCUCGCUCUCCAUUGCCUGUUCAGUGGCAGAGGCCACCUGUUCGGUUCCCCCAGCCAGCCACCGUUGAAGCAGGUGGACCCAGAUGCCACCCAAAUCCAUCUGUCAGCCAUCCUUUCAAUACACCAGCGAUUCAGGGCCUUGCACCUCCUCCUGCACUGGGACCAGGUACAGGGGUGGAGGGCAUGCAGAACUGCUUGUCUGGGCCUCCACCACAAUUUAUCGAGCUUAGGCACAACCCUCAAAGGAUACCCCUGGGACCACAGUUUUUGCCACGUGGCCAGCAGCCCCGCCAACGUUUCUAUCCACCACAAGCUGUGGGCUCUGCUUUUGUCCAGCAUUCUGUAUCCCAAUCCCAUCAUCAUCAUCCUCCUCCUCCUCCGUUACCACCUCCAUCUUUGCCCUCUCCCAUGACCUCUCAAACAGAAGCUGUUCAAGAUGCAAGGUUGGGAGUGCCACAGAAUGGCCUGCCUAUUGUACAACCACAACAGAGCAUACCACAAGCACAGCUGCAGCCCCGGGUAUCUACUGCCAACACUCAACCCAAUCUUCACCUCCAGUUCCCAAAAACUGACACAGUAGAGGAGCAGACUACCUCUUCAGACUCCAUUGCAACCCAACCAUGCCGGCUUGAUCUGGCAGAGCCAGACUUGGAUGAUGCCUUUUCUUCAAAAGGACUCGGUGUUGCAGGGGAAGAAGGGGGAGAUGAUGUUGAUGACCUUGCCACAUUAGACCUGGACCCUGAUAAGGGAGAUGAUGGCUUGGGCAACUUGGACAACUUGGAGACCACAGAUCCCCACUUGGAUGACCCACAUUUGGAUGACCUUCUGAAGUGUGAUGAGUUUGACCUGCUGGCUUACACAGACCCAGAGCUUAACCAGGGUGACCCUAAGGAUACAUUUUCUGAUCAGUUGACACUGGUUGAAGCAGAAAAUGAAGUGCCUGGACCUUCUUCUAACGCCCCUGAUAUCAAGGUAGAGAACAACCCAAAGCUAGGUGUGAAAGAGAAGGAUUCACUCAGUGAUUCCACAUCCUUGGUUUCAGAUUCUGCUCUGUCUGCACCCUCUACUAACCUCCCUGUGCUACGGGACCCAUCCUGUGUGCAUCCUAGUCUUAAACUUGAGGAGACAGUUCCUACUUCAGGGCUUACUAGUACUAAAACCUCAGAAUGCACACAUCUAAGUGAGGAAAAGAUGCAACAGCCAGCCUCAUCAGGGGUGGGGGAAACUGCCUCUGUACUGCUUACUGAAGCCACACCAACCAAUAAGCCUCCUGAAAGGCUUUCUACGCAAACAAAUUCUGCAUCUCUGAGCUCUGUCCGAUUAGGAGGCCUCCCAUACCCUCUCCCUGACCACUUGUCUUUCCCGCCUGCUCCCCAAAAUCCUGACCUGGAUGAAGACCCUCUUGGACUACCUGAUGGUGGUGGUCAGCACUCCCCUGCUGUGGAUCUGGACAAAGUGGAAAGCUCCCUGGAAGCCAGUGAGCUACCUUUGUUAAUUCAGGAUCUGCUUGAGCAUGAAAAGAAAGAGCUUCAAAAACAGCAGCAGCUCAACUCACUGCACCAGACUGGGCUGAACACCCACCUUCAUGGCUUACCUUCUCAUCCACCUCAACAUCAUCAGGAAACCAGCCAAGGCCUUCUACCCCAGCACCAGUGCCCACCUUCCCAGGGGCUCCUGACUCAGUCAGACAUGGUUCCUUGUCCACCUCAUGUCCUCUUGCCUGAACAGCAGCAGCAGCAGCAGCAACAGCAAAGGCUCCUGGCUGCUACGAUAUCCCCAUCACCCCACAUGGCUAUGGCUCAACAUCAGGUCAUGAUCAGAGCUGGGCAGCCAGGAGGAAUCCAGAGAGCUCUUAAUCCGCCACAGCAGCAACCUGUUAGGCCAUCAAUGCCUAACAGUUUUUUCCCUGACAAAGAUCUUGACAAGUUUGCAGCAGAUGAUAUAAUGGAUCCUAUUGCUAAGGCAAAGAUGGUGGCGCUGAAAGGUAUCAAGAGGGUAAUGGCACAGGGUCCCAUUGGUAUGGCACCUGCCAUCAACAGGCAACAGGUUACACUCUUGGCUCAGAGGCUUGCCACAGGACCAAGUGCUAGUGAUCCGCAGGGCAGGCUCGUGACAGGACUACCAAAUGAAGGGGAGACCAGUGAUCCGACACAAUCCAGACCCAACCCUCCUCAGUUUGUCCAAGGCAUCAUCAAUGAUACAGAGCAGCACCAGUAUGAGGAGUGGUUGCUCCAUACUCAGCAGCUCCUGCAGAUGCAGCUCAAGUUCCUGGAAGAACAGAUAGGAGUACACCGCAAGUCCCGAAAGGCACUAUGUGCCAAGCAGCGUACAGCUAAGAAGGCUGGGCGGGAGUUUGCAGAAGCUGAUGCUGAGAAGCUGAAACUGGUUACUGAACAGCAGAGCAAGAUACAGAAACAACUUGACCAGGUGCGCAAACAGCAGAAAGAGCACACCAAUUUGAUAGCAGAAUAUCGCAGCAAACAGCAGCAGCACCAGCAGCAGAGUUCUGUUCUCCUUGCUCCUGGGUCUUCCACACAGGGCCCUCAAAUGCUUUCUAAACUUCCCGGGCAAAUGAUGAUGGGCCAACAGGGGCCACCUGGGAUGGGUCAGCAGGCCGUGUGUAUGCCAGUAAGGCCUCAAGGCCAGCCUUUCCUUACGGGAGCUCAGCCCUCUCAGUCUGGUCCCCCUGCAGGAUUCUGCCCCCAAGGUGUUGGAGCUCAGGGCCCUGAUGGAAGGCAGCUACAGUUGCAGUUUCAGCAUAGAAUGCAGAUGGUCCAGAAAUUGCAGCAACAGCAUCAGCAGCAACAAGGAAUGAUGGGACAACAGCCUGUCCCAAGUCAGCCACCAGGUAUCAUGGGUCAACCACAAGGUGGCAUGAUUGGACAAAUGCAACAAGGUAUGGUGAGUAAUCAUGUAAUGACCCAACAGCAGGCAACAGUAAAGCAAGAGAUGAUGGGCAACCAGCAAACUCAGCAGGCCCCAAUGCAGGCACCACCAAGCAUGAUGGUGAGUCAGGCUAUGGCUCAGUCACAGCCAGACAUGAUGGGAGGGCAGCCAAUGGACCAAUGCCAGACUGUGGUAGGAAGCCAGCAGGUGUUGAUGGGAAAUCAGCAGGUUUUGCAACAGCAGAGACCACUGACCAAUCAGCAAGGUCCAAUUGAUCCCAAACAGCAGGUGCUGAGGGGGUCUCAAACCCAAAUUCUACCCCAGCUGCAAAAAGUCUUGACACAUCAGAUGCUUCUUGCCCAGCAGCAGCAGAAUGUUACCCCGAGUCAGCUACAACAGCAACAGCUGGCCCCGCAGAGGCAAUUAUCACAUGGUUUUUUAAACCAAACCAUCCAACAGCCUCAGUCAGGAGUACAACCGCCAGCAACUAUGCCUCAGAUGAGCAUAUCAGAUACCCAGUUGAUGCCAGGGCCCUCUUCUCAGAUAGAGUCUGGAAGGGAAGGUCCUCAACUGCAAGGCCCAACAGAUGGUUUGGAACAAAGAAUUACAGAUUUUCGUCAGGAUGUUCAAGCACCUGGUGCUAAAGAAGGUACAAUACUGAGCCCAAAAACACCACCUCAGCAACAGGCUCCCUCAACUCCCAUGAACAUGCACCAUCCAGGUUCUUCUGGGGAACAGCAGGGUUGUGUUAUACAGCAACAAGCAAAUGUUUACUUGGCUCAGCAGCAGCAGCAAAUGCGUUCAAAUCCCAGCUCUUCAUGCAGCCUUGAACAAAAACAAGGAUAUUUAAGCAAUUCACAAGCAAGUAGGCUGUCCCAAGUACAGCAACUUGAAUUAAAAAGGCAGAACUCAGUCACUGGAGAGAAAUCUUGCAUUACCGUGAAACAGGAGGCUCAGCAGAUUAGUUAUGGAACCCAACAGCAAGUUGUGGCAAUUGGUCAGCAACCUGGGCAGCAGUCUCAGGAAGUAAUGCAACAACAGCAGCAGCAUGAAGGGAUGGGGCAGGUCCAAAGUAUGAUGGCACACAGCCGCCCUGAUAUAGCUCAUCCCAACCAGCAGCAAGCUCUUUUAGCUCAGCAGCAGAGGCAGCAGCAAAUGGUCAUGAUGAGAACCCAGCAUGGGGUUACAAGUCAAACAUCAAGAGUGCCUAUUGGACAGAUUCGAACACCGAUAAAUCUUCAGGCCUUCAUUGCCCAGAACCCCCAACUACGUCAUCUCCCACAUAAUCAGCAGCUUCAGCAAAUCCAGGCAAUGAUUGCUCAGCGACAACUUCAGCAGAGCCAGUUGCUGAGAAUGCCUACAAACCAAGGAUUGUCACAGGACCAGAUCCAACUCCUGGAUCAACAAGGGAAAUUUCAACAGCCCCAGAAACAUCAACUCCUUAAUCAUGGAAUCAUGGAACAUCAAGGGGCUAUGGCUGCCCCUAGGCAACAAGGAAUGAUAGACAAGCUCCCUGGCGUAGCUUGUCAACAGCAAAGUAUAAUUGGUUCUUCACAAUCUGUUAUGAUGACAGAGUCAGCAACACAACAUCAAAUUAGUCAGUCCCAGCAGCCAGGUUCACAAUAUGGUCUUGUGGCUCAGCAACAACACAUACUACAGCCACACCAAAGUCCUCAACAAGUAGAAAGGAGCCAUACACCUGCUGUGCUUGGUGUGGUGGGACAAAGUUGUCCUACUUCUCAGUGUCACCCAGUUAGACCUAUGUCACCUCAUCCGGCACUGAAACAAAGCUCCCCUGGAGAUCCUUCUUCUUUGCAGCCACACCUGCAACAUUCACAGUCCUCCAAUGUGUGCCAACCCUCUCCCACACAAGCAUUACCACACCAGCAGCCUUGCACAACAGUGGCCUUAAAUCCAUUCCCAACCGGUCCUUCUCAAGUUGGUUCACCAGUAAGCUUGAAGUACUCAGGCUCCUCAGAGCUGAGCCACCCAUCUUCUGUCCAGAAACGAGAAUCUGUCUUAAGCCCAACUUUUGUCAACAAGCAUGACCCAGGAAAACCCACACAGCCUCCUACUAUUGCUUCAGCUAUAAAAGCAGAACAGUUAACUGGGCGAUGUUCUUUUACUCAGGUGGCAGAAUCCAAGGAGUCUUCAUUGAUUGGGCCAAGUAGCUCUCCUAAUCAGAUAGGUUCAAAGAUGGCGCCCCAGUCCUCAUUGAAGCAAGCAAAUGAUAGUGCACGUACGACUUCUGUCCAAGCUAAUGAUCCCCCACCACACUUGGGAGAAAAUCCACAACCACCAACAUCAGAGAGACAAACUACAGACAACCGGAUGGCUCAGCCUACCCUGGACCAAAGUGAAGAGACUAUAUGCUACAAAUCUAUGGAGAAUAUUAAACAGGAACCAAGGGAGGUGCAGUGUGACUCUCAGGUAGAGAGUGAACCUAGCAAUGGAGGAAUAAAACACGAGUCCUGCCAGGAGCCUGUCAGUUCCAGCAGUACAGCUUGUGCCAAUCCCAUCAACCCCGGAGACUGUCCAGGAGCUACAGGGCCUCACCUGCCACGGACUGAGACUGGGCAACAGCUGCUCCAGAAGCUCCUGCGCACAAAAAACAUGCAGCUUGCUGCUCAGAGACCUUCAGAUGGUAUCCCCAGUGAGAUCAACGGCCACAUCAAUGGCAAGCUUGCUGUGCUGGAGCAGAAGUUGCAAGGGACACCAUGUAAUGUGGAGGACCUGCAGUCUAUCACCAAGAAAUGUCCAGCACCCAAGGUUAAACGAACCCUGAAGGCUGGAGAGCGAGUUCCCAGCUAUCGAAAAAGGACAAAAAAGGAUGAAGCGGGGAAAAGCACGGAAGCCCUGAUGAAACAGCUGAAGCAGGAGUCUCUGCUGUCUCUCUUGCCCCUGAUGGAGCCCUCUAUUACUGCCAGCUUGGAUGUGUUUGCCCCUUUUGGCAGCAGCCCAGCCAAUGGCAAAGCACAGCUCAAAGGCUCUUUUGGUAACGCAGUCCUGGACAACAUCCCUGACUACUACUCUCAGCUGCUCGCUAAGAGCAACCUCAGUAACCCACCGACGCCACCUUCUUCCCUACCCCCAACUCCACCCCCUUCGGUAAAGCACAAAAUUGUGAAUGGUGUAAAUGCCAUUGAGGACCUGUCAGAGGCUCAGAAGGAAGUUGAGGCCCUGGAAGAGAACCCAAAUCCUGCAGCUGAGGCAGUGAGAAGUGUGGAUUUACUGGCAGCCCUGCCCACUCCUCCACACAACCAGAAUGAGGACAUCAGAAUGGAAAGUGACGAGGACAGCGAUUCUCCGGACAGCAUUGUCCCUGCUUCCUCCCCCGAGAGCGUACUAGGAGAUGAAGCACUCAGUUUAAGGGAGCCGAAAUUGGAGGAAAUCGAAAGAGCCAUCUCCCCCGUCAUCCCGCUUAUUCCUCGUACUGCUAUUCCUGUAUUUCCUGAUGUUAAGCCCUUGGUGUCACCGAGCUCUUCAUCAGGCCAGCCUGGCAUAACUGUAACCAGACCUGGUCACUGGAACAAAACCAAGACAGAUGAAGUGUCUGUUAGCCUCAUCCUCUCUGCUGCUGCACCAAAGAAUCUGAACACGGUAAUGAUGGCAGUGGCCCAGCUUCUGAACAUAAGGAUGCCUGGAUCCUAUGAGGUGGCCGUUCCACAAAGCCCAGUCCGAAGGAGGAUUGGAGAACCUGGAAAAGCCCCCAACUCACUGGCCACAGGAGCUCUGGGUAUGAAACCUGGCCAGAUAGAUGCAAACCCCACAAGUCAGGGAAGUGCUGACUGGCUUAAGCAGUUUGAUGGCUCUCUACCUGGCUGUGCAGCCAAGAAGCAGGUGGACAUCCUCUCUCUCAUCAAACUGGAGUGUGAUGAACCUGAAUACAAACCAGUCCAGCACUGCUACACAACCAAUGUGUCAGACCUGGAUGUGCACCACCUACCCACCUUCCCUGUAGAGGCUUCUCCACCACCAUCACCCUCUUCACCACCUCCUGCACCACCUUCAGCUCAGCUACAGACUGCUGUGCAGUCUACCUCUUCUUUUCCCUCCAGCCCCACAAGUGUUCAUGUCAAAUCUGAACCUGAGUCCACCCUGGAGCCCCUCCUGACUUCAGCUGACACCACUGGAUUGCCAGCUCCACUGGGAUCUGCUUCACCUGCCCAGGACUCUUCCCCCAAGGUCUGCAAGCAGCGAAGCCGUCCCUUUUCUGAUGAAGAGGACUUGCGGCCAAAGGUGAAGAAGUGGAAAGGACUGCGCUGGAAGCGCCUGCAGCUGGUUAUCACAAUCCGCAAAGGCAGCUCGCGGAAAGAGAACAGCAAGGAGGUGUCGGAACUCAUGGAGCGCCUGCGCAUCACGCUGCGGCCGGACAGACUGCCCCGCGACAAGCGCAAGUGCUGCUUCUGUCAUGAGGAGGGAGAUGGAGCCACAGAUGGCCCAGCCCGCCUGCUGAACAUUGAUGUGGACUUGUGGGUGCACCUUAACUGCGCUCUUUGGUCCACUGAGGUGUACGAGACGCAAGGUGGUGCGCUAAUGAACGUGGAGGUAGCACUGCGCCGGGGCCUGCGCACACGCUGCGCCUGCUGCCAGAAGACAGGCGCUACUAACAGCUGCAACCGUCUACGCUGUCCCAAUGUAUACCACUUUGCCUGUGCCAUCCGUGCACGCUGCAUGUUCUUCAAGGACAAGACUAUGCUUUGCACCCAGCACAAGCUGAAAGGCCCCAGUGAGGAGGAGCUCACCAACUUCGCCGUCUUCCGCCGCGUCUACAUCGAGCGUGAUGAGGUCAAGCAGAUCGCCAGCAUCCUGCAGCGUGGUGACCGCAUUCACAUGUUCCGGGUUGGCGGCCUGAUCUUCCACACUAUCGGCCAGCUGCUCCCCUCCCAGAUGGCUGCAUUCCACUCACCCACUGCCAUCUUCCCCGUCGGCUACGAGGCCACACGCAUCUACUGGAGCACCAGAGUCCCCAAUCGUCGCUGCCGCUACCGCUGCCGCAUCAGCGAGGCGGAUGGCCGGCCGCUCUUCGAGGUGCGAGUGCUGGAACACGGCCAGGAGGACCUGCAUUUUAAAGACACCAGUCCUGACGGGAUCUGGGCCCAUGUGGUGGCACAAGUGGCAAAACUGCGGCAAGAGGCUGAUAUGCUGAAGCUCUUCACAGACCACGUGAAGGGAGAGGAAAUGUAUGGCCUUACGGUCCACGCUGUGAUGCGCAUUACAGAGUCUCUGCCUGGUGUAGAGAACUGUCAGAAUUAUGUCUUCCGGUAUGGCCGCCACCCACUGAUGGAGCUUCCGCUGAUGAUCAACCCCACAGGAUGUGCCCGCUCUGAGCCCAAAGUUCCCACUCACUGCAAGAGACCGCACACCUUAAACAGCACCAGCAUGUCUAAGGCCUACCAGAGCACCUUCACUGGUGAGAUCAACACUCCAUACAGCAAGCAGUUUGUCCAUUCCAAGUCCUCACAAUAUCGCCGCCUGAAGACAGAGUGGAAGAACAAUGUGUACCUGGCCCGCUCACGGAUCCAGGGCCUUGGGUUGUAUGCUGCAAAGGACCUGGAGAAGCAUACCAUGGUCAUCGAGUACAUUGGUACCAUCAUCCGCAAUGAGGUGGCCAACCGCCGUGAGAAGGUCUAUGAGGAACAGAACCGGGGAAUCUAUAUGUUUCGGAUCAACAAUGAGCAUGUAAUUGAUGCCACUUUGACUGGUGGUCCAGCCCGCUAUGUCAAUCAUUCCUGUGCGCCCAACUGCGUGGCAGAGGUUGUGACCUUCGAUAAAGAGGAUAAAAUAAUAAUCAUCUCCAGUCGCAGAAUUCCGAAAGGAGAGGAGCUGACGUACGAUUAUCAGUUUGACUUUGAGGAUGAUCAGCACAAGAUCCCCUGCCAUUGUGGGGCAUGGAAUUGCCUUGAAACAGUUACAAGGACAACAUUUGGAACAACUCCUUGAUGCGACUGCUGAGGACAAACGAAACCCGAGCAGUCUCAUGCCAAAACGAAGUGUCUCUUCCUUGCUGUGCUGCCCUACUUAAGAUGACCAUUUUUAGACUCUUUGCAUCUGCUCCAGAUGUUUCAUGCAAAGUACAGCGUUUUGGCGGAAGAGCACAGAAGGAAGUACCAGAGCAAGCAACAGAUCUCCAUCUCAUCUGUGAGGAGGAACACGUGUGUUUGUGUGUGUGCACGCGUGCGUGUGUGUGUGUUUUAACAAGACAAUCCUGCAGUGGUGUGCGGUGGAAGAGUAGAGAUGGUGGAUGGAGAUUCUGUAAGAUGCUGUACUGUUGACACUGGCCCCAACGGCAGCAGAUGAUGAUAUGUAGUUGACAGUGGGUCAGUCAGACCCAUUCUACCUCAUUGGAUGUGUAAGCGAUGUUGGCUUUGUUUAUAUAUAAAAAAAAAAAAAA